AUGCUCCGGCUGGCUGCUAUCGUACCCCGCCUUGACCUUCCCGUUCCCGUCUCCCUCUUCAUCAUCUACUCCGUCUGCCUCACGCCCGUCCUCUUCCUCCUGUACAAUGAGCUCGCGGGCCGGCGAACCCGGUCCCGACAGCCGAGAGGAUGUCGAAAACUGGGACUGAAAUCUUUCUCCAACCUCGCUGAUGAACACCAGUACAGCACAAACGGCGUGAAGAGUCGCUCCAAGGAUGGGACGGAAGGGGAGAAGAAAAUCAAAGUCAAAGCACUGAUCUCAUACCCGAUCAAGAGCUGUGCUGGUGUGGAAUUCAACUUUGCCGAUGGCACGAACACUGGACUGAUGUACGACCGCCAAUUCGCCUUUGCGGAGUACAUCGAAACGACAGCUAAAAAUGAUGAUGGUAAAAAAGCCGUGGCGGGUCGUUGGGACUGUCGGACCCUUCGUGAUGGUAAAUUUAGCAAAAUGGCUUUGAUACGGCCUGAGAUCUGGGUUCCCGACCCCUCAUCGCCGACAUACUCUCCCAAGGCUCCGGAAGUCCGCUCCAAGGGUGUUUUGGUGAUCAAUUUUCCCCGAACAGGAACUGGUUUGUUCACCAAGCUCGGCAUGAAACUUAACCUCUGCUCGCGAGAAGAAUCGUUCCAGGUACCGCUCUUCCCGCCUGACGGCGAGUACUCUUCCAUCCCGAUGCGCAUAUUCAGCGACACCCCCAACGCAUACAACUAUAGCACCCACAUCCCUAGCUCUCUAGGCGCAUUCUUAGGCAGCACCAAGCCUCUAUCCUUAUUCCGUUUCGACCCUGAGCACCCUCGUCCAGUACGCGGAAACGCUCCAACCGAAGCCGAUCUCGGCUUCAAACCAACCAUGGGAUUCCCAGACGAGUAUCCUCUUCAAAUGCAAAAUCUGGCUAGUAUCAGAAGCAUGGCGGAAAAGGUUAAAUACGCUAUCCCCAAGUUCACUGUCCGUCGAUUUCGGCCGAACAUUGUCCUUGAAGGAUUGGAGGCGUAUGAUGAAGAUGACUGGAAGAAGAUGCGCAUUGUACCGGGUCCGGAGAGCAGGGUUAUGCCAUCUUCAUCGUCCGAUGACAAGAAGGGCGUUGACAUACUCGUUGCGUGUCGCACGGUGAGAUGUCGAUUGCCCAAUGUGGACCCCGACACGGGCGAGAGACAUCAGGUUGAGCCGGAUAAGACGCUGAAAGCAAUGAGAAAUAUCGACGCAGGCGCGGACAAAAGUGGUUGUUUGGGAAUGAUGUUGGUUCCGGUUUCGCAAAAAUUCACAAUCCAUGUUGGUGACGAAGUUGAAGUACUGGAAAGGGGAGAGCAUUUUUACAUCAAGGAGUAG